UGGUAUCGGAGCCAGUGGGCCCAAUUGCUUGCCAGAGUCGGGCCCAUAUCAAUAGGGGCUCCCAGAGGUGCAUUUCGGAUUGUUUUUCGUCGCGUUAUGACCCGUAAUGUGCACAAUGUCCGGGGGCUGUCCGUGGGCUGUACGGAUGACAGUCGCGGCUGUUUAUGUGCGAACAUUGAUGGGAUUUUUACGGCCGUUCCUGUUCUACACGCUGGAAACACAAUCGAUAUCGAAUUGCCUAGCAUUUCCCGUAAAAAUAUGGAACGCCUCAAAACGAUGAACUGGAUAUGGGAGUGGUGGAAUCAAGAGGACCUGAACAAGGAAAAUGGGCCAUACCAGAGGAAAGAAACGAAAACCGUAAACGAGCUGUGGCUGGAGUACUUUGCUGAGCAUCUGCAUGUCUGGCCCUUUGAGGAGCUCUGCUCCAGGCUGGAAACGGACGCCUUUCUGGGGCUAAGCGAAGAAGUAGCGAAGCAGCGUCUGUCGCGGAACGGAAAGAACACAUUUGGCUUUCCUGCCCAGCGGAAGUCCGCUUUGUGGAAACUCCUUGACAACUGUUUCUGUUGCUUUGCCAUCAUCAUUCUGCUGAUGGCGACGAUCUGCUUCAUCCUGUACCACGUCGAGUGCAAGCAGCACCCGAAUACGACCGUCGAUCCGGAGUACCUGGUAGCAGGAAUCUUUCUACUUCUCAUUUUGCUCCUCUCGUCAGGGCUUAUCCUUCUGCAGCGAAACGACGAGUCUGCGGUGGUCAAGGCAUUCGAGGAUAUGAUGCCCAUGUACUGCACGGUAAUACGAGACGGCGAGAAGCAGGUCAUCCUCUCCGAGAACGUGGUUCAGGGGGAUGUCCUGCCGAUCGCAUACGGACAGCGCCUGCCGGCUGAUUUGCGAUUUUUCAGCUCCAUCGGCUUGGAGUUGAACAAUGUGUCGCUCACGGGACUGUCCCGUCCCGUGGAUAUCAGUCACCUGGUGAGGGAAGGGCUGCCCAAGCACUCUGAAGUAAAAGUCGCAGUCGCUUGACAGGUCUCCCCCCACACUGUUUUGUGAAUCCUCUUAUAAAAUAAAAAUAAUCGAGAAAUGUCUU